GGAGCAGCAGCCGAACGUCGGUGCUACUCACUCUGCGCUCGCGGCUUGCUCAGUCGGCGCGCUACGCCGCUGUCGUCUGCCCUGAAUCCAAACCUCAACGGGCUCAGCCGUGUCUCCGGCGUUGACGUGACUGUCCGUUGCGGCGUGAUAAUAGCGUGGCGGCGAGCGGCUUCUUCGUUUAUCCCCUCGUCGAGACCCAUACUCGGAUUAACCCCACCGACAAGCUGGCUCCGACAACGUUAAACGCGCUGUCCGCCACUAAGUCGACGGCGAUGGACGACGAGUGCUUAGCGCUGAUGUGCAUGGAGGCGCCCCAUUACGGACAGAUCGCGCGCGCGUCGUACGAUUCGGCUAUCGUCGGCGAUGCCGGUGUCAUGGAGAGGCUCGUCGGACUGCAGAGCCGCUACACGGUCACCUGCGACUACUGCGUCCGGGUUCAGACUGAGGUGCAGAAGCCGAUGAGAAAAACGUUGGCGCUUUGGAUGUCGGAGGUGUGCGAGGAACAAGGCUGCGAGGACUCGGUGUUCCCGACGGCCAUGAACCUGCUGGACCGGUACCUGUCCGUGGCGGUGGCGCGCAAGUCUCAGCUGCAGCUGCUGGGCUGCGUCUGCCUGCUGCUGGCCUCUAAGUUGCGUCAGACCCGCGCGUUGGCCGUCGACGUGCUCGCCUACUACACUGACCACUCGGUGACCGUCCAGGAGAUACAAGCUUGGGAGCUGCAGGUGCUGGACCGGCUCAACUGGGACGUGGCGUCGGUGGUGGCCAACGACUUCGUCGACCACUUGGUCGCCAUGUUGAGUCUCCCCGACUGCGGCGACACCGUGCGGAGGCACGCGAACACCUUCAUCUCCCUGUGCGCCUCUGAGUACCACUUUAUGAGCUACAGCCCCGCCCUGUUAGCAACUUCCAGUGUGGCUGCAGCUGUCCACGGCCUCAGAGGACCACUUUAUACAACACGUGCACAGGACCAACUCACGUCAACGCUGGAAAGGAUCACACACGUCCGGACGGUGGACAUCCGACGUUGUGUCCUUGAAAUUGAGACACUGAUGGCAACCAGUGUGGCUGCAUUUCAGCAGCAGCAGUCAUAUGCUAAGGGCGGCAGUGCAGCAGUGACGUCAUUCGCAACCAGCAAAAACAAUGCACUUGUAGCGCCCUCCAGUGCUGACCCCAGCUGCAGUCAACCGAACACGCCAACAGAUGUUCAGGACAUCAGCUUCUAAAAGAUGGAUCCUGCAUUGAUGUUCAAGACAUCAGCUUCUAAAGGAUGGAUCCUCCUGUAGUUCUUUGCCGUUUGUUUGUUAACAUGUUUGUCUGUUUUGUCUUGUUCCUGUUACGUUCCAUGUCUUACGACUUACGAGUGUUCUCGAAAUAGCCUGUUGUGGCAACCUUUUGCCUUUUAAAGGUUUUGACACUUCCGUUGCCUAUUUUAAAGCAUUGGCUUUACAUUAAAGUCAUUGGUACUUUUACAGUCUUCCAAGCCACUGCCUUGGGUUAGCAAUGUUUUUUCCUACAUACAAGCCAUUCAGUAUUCAGGCAGCAUUGACAAUUCCAUUUAAGAGGGGAAGAGCAGUUCAAGACAUGUUGAAUGUAUACAGCGCUGUAAACUACUCAUUUUCUUUCUUUCUGAAAAUAUUGUUUUCCUUUUUCUUUGCAUUCUUAUGACAAGGGUUGAGCAGGAGAUGUACUUCAUCUGCGGAACCAUCUCUGCUCACUUGCUACUGUUCAUGUCUUGUGCAGGAUUUUUUUUAAAAAUGUGGUCUAUCUUCUAAAUUACUUUGUGUGAUUUGAAGUUCUGCAUCUCGCAUUAUGUGUUCCACAUUUAUGCAUAUUCAAGUGCUAGAUUUUUGUACUUUGUAUCACCAGUAUCUUCAUAAAAAAACGACAGCAACCAUAUUUCGGGUUCAUUUAAAUGCUAGGUAUGUAAAGUACAUAGGUCAUUCUGUGUGAAAAAAAUUAUUUUUAGUACGGAGUGCUAGCAUAUUAUAAUGGCUGCACAUGAGUGUGUGUGUGUGACGCUACACGUUCGUUACCUGGCAAAACAGCAAAACCAAAUCAGUGCUAAUUUGGCACCAUGCAUAUUAUACAUAUCAGACAUAGUUAAGCUCUUGUGGUCUUUAUACCCUGGUGCUUGUAACGUUCACUGACUAGUCCAUGGCUUUUUGCCAGCGGUUCUUUAUCUUUUAUUGACAGAUCUCAUGAGAUUACAUGAAGGGCAUCUUUUUACUUGUAGCCAACUGCCUGUUUUUAUCUUGCAGUUAUGACUGUCCAUUUUGCUAGGCUUAGUGUCAUAAAGGCUUAUGUACACUUGAAUAAGGUGACUAUUUUUGAACCAGUGCUAAAUAAACUUAUUUUGCAUUUUAAGGAAAGGUCUCAAAUUGGAAUAAGGAAGCCUUGUUUAGGAACGUGCCAUCCAUUAAAAAAGAAGGUGGUGUAACACCACUUGAAAUUCACAUAUUGUACUCUGUACGAGACUGACUGCUGCAUUGGAUAGCUUGUUGCCUAGGCUGUGUCUUAAUAUAUUCUACCUGUGCGUUUUCUUGUGUAUACAACAUAGUGUUCAGUCGAGCUAUAUUUUUAUGUGUGUUCCAGCAUUCUAUGCUGUAAUUUAUUGAAUUAGCACUGCACCAAAGGUCAAAAUGGUCCAGGCAUGUCUAGUCCCUUUAUUUCUCUUUGUUCAACAGAUAUUUCUUAUAUUCACACUAAAAAACAAAAAAAAGAUAUCUUCCUGAAUGUUUACAUUUCCAAGCAUAUUUCUCACUGCCAAGCUGGCACCACUUGACACACCACAACAUACACAUAAGUCCCUGCCAUUAUCACCUCACACACAUCUAGUUUUCUUGCUUUUCUUUUUACCUUUCUCUAUUUUGUAUCAUUUUUGUUGUCCCCAUUUUGAUCGCGAUUAAUGUCCAUAUCACCGAGCAUCACGAAAACGCGAUUAUACUCAGGUGGCCCUUCAGGGCCAUUGCUUGGCUUCUAUUUUUCCCAGAAGAUUCUGUAGCACGUCAUUGUGGCAUGCUGCUUGAACCAUUACAAUGGCCCACCUGGUCUGCCACUGCUACUGGAGCAGGUUGGACAUCAAAAAGUCCAAGCAGUCUAGUAUACAAGCUCACUGAAAUCCCCGUAUGCAGCUCAAAAAAUGUGCAUGUGAAGGCCCUGCCUCUGCAUGCAGUGCACAUACAUGUGGUCCCAUGUUGAUAAUACAAGCAAUACUGUAUCCCAUGUUCGUGUGUUAAAGCUCCAUCAUCUCAACCAAUGCACGGAGCUACUACCCGUUUGUGAAUCAGGUGCUGAUACCUCCAGCGCUUUCGGAACCGCAGAACCAGACCCUCUAUUGCAAGUGUAAAAAAGCCAAAAUAUUAUUUGGCAAGCUGUUCAUUUCAUAUGUUUUUCUGGUUUGUGUUUUUGUAACACUGUUACAGUUUGAUAAAAUAAGCUGUCCUCCAUGACAAAAAAAGUGGACAUAUAUAUUACCUUUUUGACCUAGGGGAUGAAGGGACAUCCUCUGUGCACAGUUGGAGAGUUCAUAUCGUACUCAUGGCCGUCCUCAUUCUUUCUUAAUACCAUAAGCCAUGUGUAGACGUUGUCUUUUCUUUAAUAGAUGUCCACAUAUGGCGUUGCGUUUUGAAAAUUGUUCUCACAAUGUUCAUAUGUGUGUACCUCAUUAUUGCACUCUCAGAAUGCACACAUUGUUUGCGGUUGAAACAUCCAUGAGCAUCAAGUUGAUGCAUUGUUCAAAGCUUAUGUUAUUGUUCCUCAUGUACUGUUAUGCCAAUGUUUUCACCAUGUUUCUCAGCCCACUGCCAAAGAACGAAAACAUUCCACUGAUGGACUGUUACUACCUACAUUGUGUUUGUCUUCUAUAUUUCACAACGUUUAAUGAAGAUUUCAUAGUAAUGUUUCAAUAUUUCGGUGCUAUAACAUGCUGCAAAGCACCCUUGGUAGAUAUGUGUGAUAUGUAUGUGCAAGAAGUCUGUGAUAUUACCAGCGAAUAGCACCAGUAGACUGUGAUAGUAAACAGUGCACUUGCAAACAUAGUUGAGCCUCAUGUACAGCACAGAGUCGUUCACUACUUCUCUUUUUGUGAAAUUCCCACCCAAGUUUAUUCGAAUAUUGCUUUCCAAUCGUAAACCCCUUGUGGUUGGUUGUAUACUCAGCUGCUAAAUGCAGCUUUUUUCAUGCUGUCCUCACCAUUUAGGUACAUUUUGUUAUCUACUGAUGUGCCAUUAUGGCGAAAUAAACCAAUCUCGCAAAUAAUUUAUCGGACACUAAUUAACAUGCCUGAUGAGUAUAUGCCAAAUGCAUCUUUCGUGCGAUUUUGAAUUUCAGGAUUAUGUUACGCUAUGCAUUUUGUGCACCAAACCUUACUAUGUGCUGCAGCACUCAAAUAAAAUAAUUUGAUUAGGUGUGUGAGAAUUAAUGUGUUAACGAUGGCUAUUCGUAUGUGGGCACAUUUUUCCAGUGCAAAUGAAAUUGAUAUUGAUGCAAGAUCACGGUAACACCUUGGAUAUAUCUUAAUUGGAUUCCAACCUCUGCACUCCAUACACCUUUGAAGAACUGUAUAUAUAAAACAUCAGGAUGUCAAUGUCACAAAAUUAUGUUCACCAUUUCCCCAAGUUUGUUAUGUAACACUGUAUUGUAAAAUGGUCGUUUGACCAAACACAUCCCACAAGUUACCGUUAAAUGUGCAAAAUUUCAAUAGGCAUUGAAUGUUUCAUUGAUCUUACAUUGAAUUUUCAUGCACAAUUGCACGAGUCAUGGCAUGUAAGUGAUAUCCAGAUGCACUCAACAGCAGUUGGCUAAAAGCUUCAAAGCAUUUAGCGAUGUCAUUGUCCUUCAUUUUCACUCUUAUAAAAGAAUUUCAUGACGUAAACUGAGGGGCUCUCUCACAGGAAUGCACUAUUCUUGUACUUGAUGCUGGGGAUGCUGUAGUAAAUUGUACUAAGCCUCCAAACAAUGCAGUAUGCCGCCUUGUAGCUGUCAUUAACUACAGGCCAGGUGUGUGUUUGUAAAAAGCUGAAUGUUUCUCAGAGUGAGUUCUAGUGUUCAUUUCUAUGCAUUAUGAAACAAUGUAAUAAAGUCAUUACAUUACAGAAUUUA